AUGAGUGAACUUAAAAAAAGGAAGAAAAAAUCUAAGGAGGAAAUUGCCAAGGAGUUUGAUUUGCCUGAAAGAAAAAGUAAAAUCGCCACUAUAUACAAACAAGAUGGACAGGCUUAUUGCUUAUGUAGAUCAUCAGACUCGUCGCGGUUCAUGAUUGGUUGCGAUGCUUGUGAAGAGUGGUAUCACGGCGAUUGCAUUAAUGUUUCGGAAAAGGAAGCAAAACACAUUAAGCAUUACUACUGCCAGCGAUGCAAGGAAGAAGAUCCGUCGUUGCAAACGGUCUUUCGAUUAGUCCCAGUGGCUGGCCCAACACCUAUUCCGGAGGAAAAAAAGCCGCCAAAGAAAAAGAAAGAAAAACCCAUUGGCAGUUCUUGGGAAAAACGGUGCGGAAACUGUGAUGGUUGCCUGGCAGCGAAUUGUGGUAACUGUGACGGUUGUUUAGAUCAUUCAAAACACGGCCGCAAACAACGGUGUGAGAUGCGCAUCUGUAGCAACUCUAGUACUAGAAAAAAAGAUCGGGCCGCUGUAAAAGCCGCCGGUCGAAACAAGAGAAGAAAACGUUCGCUUACGCCAGAGUUGAUUCGAAAUCCGGCACUAGAAGGUGAUCGGCAAUGUUUUGGUCCCGGUUGCAUUAUGACUGCCCGACCUCAAUCGAAAUAUUGUUCGGAUGAGUGUGGCAUGAAAUUGGCAACAAGCCGGAUUUAUCAGGUAUUGCCUCAGCGCAUCCAAGAAUGGUCGCUGAGCCCGGCCGUUGGCGAGGAACAAAACAAAAAAGCGCUGGAGUCGAUCCGUAUGAAACAAGCGAUUGUUAGAGCCACGCUCGCAGAGCUCGACAAACGACAUGCGGAGCUGGAUCUAUUGGUUGAACGGGCAAAGCGGUGCACGCUGGAUCCGAAUGCCUUGGAAAAUACCGACGUGGAGGAUGAAAUGUCGAUGUACUGUAUAACGUGUGGCCAUGAAAUUCAUUCAAAAACCGCGAUUCGGCAUAUGGAGAAAUGUUUCAACAAGUACGAGAGCCAGGCAAGCUUUGGCAGCAUCUUUAAAACGCGUAUCGACGGCAAUUCUAUGUUUUGCGAUUUCUACAACCCAGCAAGCAAAACUUACUGCAAGCGCCUUCGUGUGUUGUGCCCGGAACACUGUAAGGACCCCAAGAUUAACGACACGGAUGUUUGCGGCUGCCCCUUAGUGCGAAAUGUAUUUCAAUUGACGGGUGAAUUUUGCCGAGCUCCAAAAAAAUCUUGUUUCAAACAUUAUGUGUGGGAAAAGAUUCGACGUGCUGAAAUAGACCUUGAACGAGUACGGCAAUGGUUAAAAAUGGACGAACUGGUUGAGCAAGAGAGACAAAUCCGCCAGGCCAUGGCAUCACGAGCCGGAGUACUAGGACUCAUGUUGCACUCAACGUACAACCAUGAUAUAAUGGAAAAGCUGUGCACUGGCAAGUUUUAG